UAUUCUACCAUCCCAGUCUCCUUCCCCGGAUUGAUAUUACUCCAGUCUCCAAUCAGACUCGCGGCGACGUUCGUGACAUAGCGGAAUUCAUGGCGGAAUUCCCCAUAGGGUUUUACAAGAUUCCUCGCGAUGUAGGGGCCGUCCGAUAAAGAUAUAAACCGGUGUGAUUUCUUUCAUUUCUGAGUCUUUGGUAGACCAAAUUGAAGUGGAUAAGAAGAAAGCACAUGAAACAGAAACGGCAAGAUGAGUUCAAUUGAACCAUACUACGACUAUAUUAUCUGCGGCGGUGGCACAUCUGGAUGCGUCGUUGCUGGCCGUCUGGCGGAAAAUCCAAACCUCAAAGUCCUUGUUCUCGAGGCUGGACCUCAUCAUAAAGACCUGGAGAAUGUCCACAUGGUUGGUGGCUGGUCCAACAACUUCGACGAUGCCAACACGGACUGGAACGUAAUCACUCCGCCUAUGCCUGGCGUCAACAACCGCCAGGUCAAACUCAGCAGAGGCAAAUUCCUCAGCGGCUGCAGUGGAUGCAAUGGCACUCUCUGCAUUCGCGGGUCCAAGCAAGACUUUGAUGAUUGGGAUUUGGAAGGAUGGAGUGGAGAGGAAUUCUUCGAUUGCAUGAAAAGAGUCGAAACCUUCCAUCCCAAAGGCUGGUUCAGAGAAGAUGAAAACAGCCACGGCUACUCUGGCCCACUCCAUACAGAACCUCACGACCUAGCUCCCAUAUCCCAGCGUAUAAUGGACUCUUUCGUUUCACAAGGUCUACCCCUAGUCCAUGAUAUGUUUUCAACGGGCGAGACUCCGCAUGGAUGUGGCCAUGUCCCGCGCACAGUGCACAACGGGCUGCGUACCACCAGCGCCGAUUUCAUCACCAACGGCCACCAGAGGAAAAACACCACCAUCAAGACGGAUAGUACUGUGGACAAGAUUCUCAUCGAGGACGAUGGCAACUCUGGCUUACGGGCUACGGGCGUUCUGGUCCGCGAUGUAGGGGGAAAGACUCGGACUUACCAUGCAAAAAAGGAAGUUAUCAUCAGUGGAGGCGCAUACUGCAGUCCGGCUAUUCUUUUACGAUCCGGAAUCGGCCCACGAGAGGAACUGAACAAGCACUCCAUCCCAUGUCUAGUCGACUCCCCUGGUGUUGGAAGAAACCUAAUGGACCACCCGAUCGUCUUCAUGUUCUACGAAACUGCCCGGAAAAACCUCACCAACGACCACCACGUCUACCACGACGACAACUUCACCACCACAUACAACCUCUGGAAGUCCCAAAAACAAGGCUUCCUUUCCUCCUUCCCCUUUGGCUCCUUUGCCUUUGCCCGUCUCGACGACCGUCUCGCCAACGAACCACUCUGGAAAAACAGCUUCCCCAAGAACGACAAAACCCGCGACCCCAUGGGCCUCAUCCCAUCCAAACAGCCGAAUAUCGAACUCUUCACGACGGAAUGCUACGGCGGUCCGAAACAAUAUGAUCAGUUCCCGGUUAACAAUCAACAUGUGUUUUCGAUGAUUGCUGAGCUGUUUUCUCCGAGGUCAAGGGGGUCGGUGACGUUGGCUUCUAGUGAUCCCCUUGAUAAUCCCGUCGUUGAUUGCAAUUACCUAUCUGAUCCCCUGGACAUGCUUGUGUUGUCAGAGGCGUGCAGAUUUGGUAAUGAAAUCAUUAUGGGCGGCGCUGGAACUAGAGAUCUUGUCAAGGGUUCUUGGCCGCCUAAUCUGAGCCAUCAUGCCUACACCACUCGUGAAGAAUGGGUGCCUUAUGUAAAGGAGCAUGCUACUACAUGCUACCACGCAGCCGGAACUUGCGCCAUGGGGAAAGACAAUAAUCGUCAAGCAGUCUUGGAUAAUAAGCUGCGCGUACGAGGUGUCUCUGGACUUCGUGUCGCCGAUUGCAGUGUCAUGCCUACCCUCCAUGGAGGUCAUACCCAGAUGCCUGCCUACGGCAUUGGGGAAAAGUGCGCGGACUUGAUCAAAGAGACUUGGUCUCUAUCUCAAGCCGAGAGCACACGCGUGCGUGCAGCUCUGUGAUUGGUUUGACAUGGUUAAUGAACGAUAUUCUUACUGCACUGACGAUGGGAACUGAUUUUUUACGAACAAACAGGAGGUCUUGUUGAUUCUUCAAAUGGUACUUAAUUUUGAGUUAGGCUUUUUG